AUGGUUCAACAGGUCGAUUUUCACGAGACGACCGACCUGGGGCUCAUCUUGCCGCGGGCCGUCAUCAUCGACUUUGGGCAGGCUGUGAAGACGGCCGGGGAACAGCCGCCGUUUGGCAUACCGACCGAUUAUGCGGCGCCAGAGGUGAUUUGGAAGAGAAGCGGUGGCCGGGAAGUGGACACAUGGUCGUUGGCUUGUACUCUGUACGAAGUUCGCGUUGGCAAGCACUUGUUUGAAGUCCCUCAUCUGGUUGUGUUGGACGAGGACGACUACGAAUAUGAGAUUUCCUCCGUGAUAGGAGAGCGAAUGAAAGAGCUUGGAGAUGGCAGUGUGAAUACGGCGGCGGCGGCUGGCCAGAUUUGCAAGAGGGCCUUUGGCGACGAUGUCACUGCCGAGCAGGGGCAGUGGGCGGAGAUGCUGGCCGGUUUGCUGAGGUACGAACCGCAUCAGAGGCCCAAGGUGCAAGAGUUGCUGAAAAACGCGUGGUUUGACACGCCUUAG